AUGGAGACAAAGCAACUUUUGUGCUUCUUGGAGACUCCGGUGCGGAGCCUAUUGGGUGACAAAUUUCUGAGCUUAUCUAUGCGGAGUAAGUCAUCCAACCAAGCGGUGAGUUGUGAUGAAGAAAACAAGGCAACUGCCCCUAUGAUAGCACUUGAAGGGUCCCUCACUGAACAUUGGCACCUGAUGGGCCAC